AAACCAUUUUCUGUCACUGCUAUAAGCCACAGGUCUCAUCAGCAAAUAUGACAAUAGGGCAGCAAGUUUUGACCAGCCGUGGACUAAACUACCAGAGCUACUUCUACUGGGUAUCGAUAGCAACACUAAUUCUAUCGAUUUUUCUACUCAAUGUUGCAUUCACCUUGUCAUUAACUUUCAGAAGACCUGUUGGGGUUUCUCGUGCCAUUAUCUCUCUUAAAAAGCUUUCUCAAAUACAAGGCACGGAAAAUGGAGAGGAUACAAGUCAUCCAAAUAGUGAAUCUCCCGCUGGAUCACCUGUGAGGUCUACAUUGCCAAAAAGAACUGGGAAGAUGGCUAAUCUGUCAGAAAAAAUGGUUUUACCUUUCGUUCCCCUAGCAAUGACAUUUCAGAAUGUGAAUUACUAUGUUGACACUCCUCUGGUAAUCAUGCAAAAAGAUUAAUCAUAUCAGAUAGGCCGAUGGUUAUGAAAGGAAAUAAUAAUUAGUUUGCCUUGUGUCCUAG